AUGAUAGAAAACAGAAUGAAAAUUUGGUUGAAUGAAUCAUCAAGAAUCAUCAAGGAAACACUGCAUUUUGCAGAACCAGUUCCUGGCAUUAAAGCAGAACCACAUGAGAGGAAUGCCUGUUAUUUCCAUGUGGUCAUUGCUAACCCCCAAGGUUUCCCCUUUGAGGGAGGAACUUUUAAACUUGAACUUUUCCUUCCAGAAGAAUACCCAAUGGCAGCAACUAAAGUAUGCUUCAUGAUCAAAAUUUAUCAUCCUAAUGUAGACAAUUUGGGAAGAAUAUGUUUAGAUAUUUUGAAAGAUAAGUGGUCCCCAGCACUACAGAUCUGCACAGUUCUGCUGUCAAUCCAGGCUUUGUUAAGUACUCUUAAUCCAGAUGAUUCAUUAGCAAAUGAUGUAGCCGAGCAGUGGAAGACCAAGGAAGCCCAGGCCAUAGAAACAGCGAGAACAUGGGCUAGGCUGUAUGCCAUGAACAAUAUUUAA